CUUCAAACCUACUCCAAUAACACACAAAUGCCUCGCAGCAAGCGCUUGUCGUGCGGUGUCCAAGCACAAACCAACCCCGAGACGGGCAUCAACGCCCUCCUCGACGUCGCCAUGACCACUGGCUUUGACUUUAUUGUCGUCCCUCUCGCCCAUCCCCUCCGUGCACUGCGCAAUCCCGCUGCGAAGGGCGAUGCCGCAUUCGCACGCGCCGACCUCGAUCUCUACUCUGGCGAUUGGAGCUCGUCGGUCGUCGGCCAAAUCUCGUCCACCGUGCAAACCCAGCUCGACUCUGCAGACCCUGCCGAGCGCAUCAAGGCUCAAGAGAUGUUCGAGCAAGAUACCGCUUGGGCGUCGCACAUCUCCCUGCCAGCGGUCGUUCUGCCUCUGACCGUAGCACCUGUGGCGGCUGACGCAAAGGCCCCGAGGUCGAUUGCCAACUUGGCGCGAGUCCUGUCCAACUUUUUGAACUCGACGUUGUCGAUGACCGUGUGGGUGCGUGUGACUGCCACUCCGAUGGCCGGCGAGCCCAGCAGCACUGAGGCGAACGCGCCAGUCACCACCCGCGCACAGGACUCUUGGGAGUUGUGGAACACGCUUCGUACGCUGUGCGGUUACAAUGGCCGCCUUGCAGUCGCCCUCGAGCUUCCCGACAACCUCCCUUCGCCACAAUCGCUUGCUCGCUGGAAGGGCGAGCCCGUCAAGGGCCUCUUCUGCCUGUCGAGCAGCUUCCUCACCAACAACAAGGGCUUCCCGGUCCUCUCAAAGCGACACCAGUUGGUCGUGCGCGAGUUCUUGGAAUUCGGCACCCAGGUUGUGGUCGAUUGCGGCUCCAACCAGUUCAUCUCACCCCCGGAUGCCAAGGCCGCCGCUUCUGCUGCUGCUCAGGCCUCGCCGUCUGGCAAGGGCAAGGGCAAGGGCAAGGCAGCUCAGUUUGUCGACAACACGACGACUCCCACAACCAUUUAUGAAAACCAUCUGCAGUACAUUGGUCACCUGUUUGACACCUUGCCGGCCCUGGACGAGGCCACCCGUGCCUCGAGCUCGUUUGAAGACAGUCUUCAAGCUCCGCUUCAACCGCUGAUGGACAAUCUCGAAUCCGCCACAUACGAAGUUUUCGAGCGCGACCCCGUCAAGUAUGCUCAGUAUGGCCGUGCUGUCGAGCUGGCUCUUGAGGAUCGUGUGCCCGAAAGCGAGCGCGCUACCCGUGAGACUGUGAUUAUGGUCGUCGGUGCCGGCCGUGGUCCGCUGGUGCAGGCCGCCCUCGAGGCCGCCGAGCGCGCAAACUGCAAAGUCAAGGUCUACGCCGUCGAGAAAAAUCCCAAUGCUGUCGCCACACUGCUGGUGCGCAAGAAUGAGGAAUGGCUCGACUCGGUGGAGAUUAUCGAGAGUGAUAUGCGCGCCUGGAACCCGCCUGCAUUGGCUGAUAUUUUGGUUAGUGAGCUUCUUGGUUCCUUUGGCGACAACGAGCUUUCUCCCGAGUGCCUGGAUGGCGCUCAGCGUCUGCUCAAGCCUGAUGGUGUUAGCAUUCCUUCCAAGUACACAAGCUACCUGGCUCCUCUGUCAUCGCAAAAGCUCUACAUUGAAGUCCGAAACCAGUACGUGCACUUUUCACCCCCGGACGAGCGCAAGGCAUUCGAGACGCCAUACGUGGUUUUGCUCAAGAACGCCGCCAUCACCAAUCCGCCCGUCCCCGUGUUCACCUUUGAGCACCCCAACCGUGCCGCCAAGAUCGACAACUCCCGCUACACUUCAGUCACGUUCACUGCUCCCCACAACACUACGCUUCACGGGUUUGCCGGCUAUUUCGACACUGUUCUUUACAAGGAUGUCAUGUUGAGCAUAGUGCCCGACACCUUCUCCACUGGCAUGUUCAGCUGGUUCCCAAUUCUGUUCCCAUUCAAGCAACCCGUCUCUGUGAAGGCUGACGAGACCAUCGAGAUCCAUGUCUGGCGCAACUGCACUCGCGAGAAGGUCUGGUAUGAGUGGACUUGCACUUCGCCCAUUUCCCUGCCCAUCCACAAUCCUGGUGGCCGCUCCUACUACAUUGGCCUUUAAGACCCGACAAGUUGAUCAGUUUCCAGCGAGCGUCGCUGGCCUUUGUGCAAUUGGUUGCGUUUCACCAUGCUUUUGUGUGUUUUUCGUUUCGAAUGCAAGCUACAAUAUACAAAAUCAUGUCGACA